AUGAAUUCCCUCUUCAACUCUGCCUUGAAGCAGUCAUCUGCUAUUCGUCGGGAUCUGGACACGUUUGCGCAGUCUCCCGCGACCUCCUCGCCCGCGCUCCAAGGCCAAAUUGCUGCAUCAUUAGCCUCCCUUUCACGAACCAUCGACGAUUACUCGGCUCUUUCAAAGAAGGAGCUGAUUCCGGAGAAGCAGGAGAAGGCCUUUGAUCGGGUUAAGAGCUUCCGCAAUGAGAUGGGAGGUUAUCGAACACAAUUCGACCGUCUGCGUAAGGAGCGAGAGGACGCACAAUCGUCCACCAACCGCAGUGAGCUUCUAGGCCGUCGACCGCACCACGCCGCUACUCCCGAGAACCCUUACGCGCAAUCAAACCUCCCCCAGGCCUCUUCUUCCUUUGCGCCAUCCUCCGGACUGAGCUUUGGUGGUGGACCCGCCGACCACACUCGUGAAAGCCAUGCGCUGCGUGAACAAUCUUUCUUCUCCAACACCAACACCCAAUUGGACGACUUUUUGGAUCGGGGACGAGCAGUGCUCGCGGAUCUGGGCCAACAACGAGAAGUAUUGAAGGGUACUCAGCGUCGUCUUUAUAGUGUUGCCAAUACACUGGGUGUGAGCGGAGAUACCAUUCGCAUGGUUGAGCGUCGCGCUCGACAGGAUAAAUGGAUUUUCUGGGGCGGCGUGGUGAUCUUCAUCCUCUUCUGUUGGUUGGUGCUGCACUUCUUGCGGUGA